AUGGUGAGCAGUGGCUGCAGUGGCAGUGCCGGUGGCAACGGCAACGGCAACAACAACAACAACAACGACGACGACGUGGUCGACAUAAACGUCAACAACAACAACGACGGCAUGCACGACGGGUGUUCGGCCGAUUCGCUGGACGUGCACAGCUCCGAAGACCAAAGGUACAAACCGCUGUUGGAGGCCAUCAAGGCCGGCGACUACGACGGGUUCGAGUUCGCCGUGGACAAGUGCGGCGGCGAGGCACUCAGCUUCCGCGACGAAUGGGGCUACACGCCUGCCCAUUGGGCCGCGCUCUACGGCAACGCCGAGGUGCUCAGGUACCUGGUGGCCAGGGGCGUGACCGUGGACAUGUCAUGCUACGGGAUCCAGGGCUCCAAGCCGGUGCACUGGGCAUGCCGCAAAGGUCACACCGCCGCCGUCCAAGUGCUGUUGCAGAGUCAAAUAUCGUUACAACCCAGGGACAAAAAUGGCAAAACCCCGUUGGGCCUGGCCGUGAACCACAGGUACGAGGACAUCGCCGGGCUGCUGAACAGAGAGAUCAAGAAGAGAAAGAAAUGGAUGGUGCCUCUCCACAAAGCGUUAAAUGCAAUUUUCGGAAGUUCGGCGUAUUCGAAAGGUCCUCUGCUGCUAUUUCUGUGUUCCUUCUUGAUUUGGUGGUAUCCUCUUUACAUAUACAGAGUAAUACCGGCUACAUGGAACUUAACGAGAGGUUGUCACUACACUUAUCUAGCCUGGAAUAUUUUCAUGUGGAUAUGUUGGCUUACUACGAAACAUUCAGAUCCCGGAUUCUUACCAAUCGAUUCGGGGAGUUACAUUCAAACCAUUAGACAAUUACCGUUUUAUCCGUGUGACAUGGGUACCAAAAGAGAUAUUCUGUCAAGACUUUGUCACACGUGUCGCUGUGUAAGACCCUUGCGAGCUAAACACUGCAGACUGUGCAACAGAUGCGUCCAGCACUUCGACCACCACUGUCAAUUUGUUAUCAAUUGCAUCGGACUCAGCAACAGGUAA